AUGGAUAACUCCAUUCACUCCACGGAUGGACCCGACACCAUCGUCCCUGAUUCUAACCCUAGAUUGACGGUCGGCCAGCGUGUGCGAGGCAUAAUCAAGAAAUUCACCACCAAAGAAGGUCUCGUUGGUGACUAUGACUAUGGCUUCCUGUUUCGCCCCGACCUCCCCUUCAUGAAGAGAGACCCCCGUUCGGCUCCAUUUUUCGGGUUGAAUGAAAAGAUUCCUGUCCUUCUUGCCUUCAUUCUGGGCCUACAACAUGCACUGGCAAUGUUGGCGGGUGUCGUCACCCCCCCUAUCAUUCUGUCGAGUUCCUUGAACCUCCCAUCUGAGCUAAAACAAUACCUGGUCUCGACCUCCCUGAUUGUUUGCGGACUAUUGUCAAUGGUUCAAAUUACACGCUUUCAUAUCUACAAGACUCCGUACUUCAUCGGGAGUGGCGUCCUCUCCGUCAUGGGAGUUUCCUUCGCCAUUAUAACCGUCGCUUCGGGAGCAUUCAGCCAGAUGUAUGCCAAUGGAUUUUGUCCAGUCGCCGAUGAUGGCACUCAGCUCCCUUGCCCUGAAGCAUACGGUGCGCUAUUAGGUACCUCAGCCUGCUGCGCCUUGAUUGAAGUCCUUCUUGCUUUUGUUCCCCCCAAAACGAUGCAGAAAAUCUUCCCGCCCAUUGUUACAGGCCCCACCGUUAUGCUGAUUGGAAUCAAUCUAAUCAGUAGCGCAUUCGAAGAUUGGGCUGGUGGGUCUGGAUGCACGACUGGUUUGUGUCCGUCCGCUACAGCUCCUCGAGCCAUGCCCUGGGGAAGCGCGGAAUUUAUUGGACUGGGUUUCCUGGUAUUCGUCUCUAUUCUUAUCUGCGAGAGAAUCGGUUCUCCGAUCAUGAAAUCCUGCUCUGUUGUGAUUGGACUGUUGGUUGGCUGCAUCGUUGCUGCUGCAUGUGGCUACUUUGAUCGUUCUGGAAUUGACGCUGCCCCCGUCGCAUCCUUCAUUUGGGUGAAGACGUUCCCCCUCACGGUAUACGGCCCAAUGGUUCUCCCUCUGCUUGCUGUCUUCAUUAUCUGCACCUGCGAAUGUAUCGGAGAUGUGACAGCAACUUGUGAUGUCUCUCGCCUGGAAGUCGAAGGCGAGGUUUUCGAGUCUCGUCUUCAGGGUGCUGUACUUGCGGACGGGUUAAACUCCAUUUUCGCUGCACUUGCAACUAUGACACCCAUGACAACCUUCGCCCAAAAUAACGGAGUCAUCGCCUUGACACGCUGUGCCAAUCGAACGGCUGGAUACUGCUGCUGUAUAUUCCUUAUUAUCGCAGGCAUUUUCGCAAAGUUUGCCGCUGCUAUCGUUGCCAUUCCGAAUCCUGUCAUGGGCGGCAUGAAGACAUUCCUAUUCGCCUCAGUGGUGAUUAGUGGGCAGGCGAUCGUGUCCAAGGUGCCUUUUAACCGCCGUAACCGCUUUAUCCUGACAGCCUCCAUGGCUCUCGGGUACGGUGCGACUCUAGUGCCUACCUGGUUCUCUUCCGUUUUUGGAGCCACCGAUAACAAGAACCUGGAGGGCUUUGAAAAUGCGAUUGAGCUGGUUUUGGAAACAGGGUUUGCUGUUACUGCUUUUGUUGCCAUGCUUCUCAACCUGAUCAUGCCUCCCGAAGUCGAAGAGAUUGGCGCCGUGAGACAGAUUCCUUCUCAGACCACUGAUCGAGGCGAUGAACUCCAAGGCCAAAUCAAGCAGGCCUAG